AAACAAGUGUGAAGAACGGAAUUUUUCGUUGUAGUGAUAAUAUUUAUUCUACUCGCAUUAAAUUGUCUGCGGACAUUCUAAUGAUUGUUCGCAAAAGAGGGUCCUUUUCGAUGGAGAUAAUUCUUAUGGAGACCAUUCUGUGUGCGGCGAGACCGCGCGACCUUGAUCAAGGCGCCUCGUUUCAGGGUCUAGGUCUCGAGACAUAUCGCUGCAACGACCGCGAUCGACCCGCGAUCGAGAUCGCGCUUCGCGAGGAACAGCAAAAGAAAAGAGUGGGAGAGAGAGGUGGAGACCGAUCAGAGGAAGCCGAGCGAGAAAGAGAGAUCGAGAAAAUGACCCCCACUCGCGGCAAUGAGGAAAUAGAGGGGCGCUCUUAUAAAGACUAUGCCUACAGCCCUGUACCAGUGAGUUCCCCUUCGACGGUGAAUGAUACACCCCCAGUCAGAGAAUCAGUGGAAUUGGACAUACGGAGGACGUCGUUACGCACCAACGGUCAUAGUGGUCCCGAAGAUAUGACAGAGAAGGGUUCCAAACGCAUUCAGAUCGUGGCUGCUGCGACGGCUAGUCUAUCCGUCGUCGCAACUGGUGCGAUGAUGGGAUGGACGAGUCCAGUUCUUCCUUAUUUGGAGAAGGAUGGUGGACCUUUGGAAUCGCCGAUCAGUAGCGAACAGAGUUCCUGGAUAGGAUCUCUGAUGGCCCUCAGUGCUAUUUUCGGCAGCUUCGUGGCAGGAUAUCUCGGAGAAAAAUUGGGCCCCAAACGAGCAUUGCUGUCUUGCCUGGUGCCGUAUUUAAUUGGAUGGAUACUUGUCGCCUCUGCAAGUCAUGUGGCUCAGCUUUAUGUUGCUCGAUUAGUACUUGGAUUGGCUCUGUCUAUCGUAUUCACGAUCAUCCCUAUAUAUAAUGGGGAAAUAGCCGAGGUGUCUAUCAGGGGAGCAUUGGGCUCUUUCCUUCAACUCUUUAUCACGAUCGGUUUUUUAUAUGCCUAUGCUAUUGGGCCGUAUGUUAGUUACACAGUUUUUUGGAUUCUCUGUAUCCUCUUACCGAUAAUCUUCUUCAUCUCCUUUUUUUUUAUGCCGGAGUCUCCAUACUUUCUCCUCCGUCGGGGCCGUAAAGAUGAAGCGAUUGCAUCUCUGGUGAAACUCCGAAGCAAAUCCGAAGCUGCCGUUCAGAAGGAGGCCGAUGAAAUACAGAUGAUACUUGAUGAGGCUUUCAAGAAUCAAGUUAGCAUCUUAGAUCUAUUCAAGGUGAAGGUGAACAUCAAGGCACUGGGCCAUACUUGUGCCUUGGUUUCCUUUCAACAAUUUACCGGUAUCAAUGUCGUGCUGUUCUAUCUACAAAAUAUUUUCAUUGCUGCUGGAGGCAGCAUCUCAACAGAUGUAGCACCGAUUAUCAUCGGAGUGGUGCAAAUAUUAGCGUCAGCAGUAACACCCGUAGUUGUCGAUAGAUCAGGUAGAAGGAUGCUUCUCGUCAUCUCCGGCAUCGGAGAGACAGUCAGUUUGUGUGCUAUGGGCUUAUAUUUCUACCUGAAGGAAGUACAGCACGCGGAUGACGUAGUGGAACAGAUAUCCUGGUUGCCGAUAGUCUCGCUAGUCAUCUUUAUCGCCACAUACUGCGUGGGCUGGGGUCCUCUUCCGUGGGCAGUGAUGGGCGAAAUGUUCGAUCCGAACGUUAAGGCCAAGGCUUCCGGUAUAACGGUUUCCGUCUGCUGGUUCUUGGCCUUCCUCCUUACCAAGUUCGUUAGUAACAUCGAGCAAGCAUUAGGCAAUUACGCAUCCUUCUGGAUGUUCGCAGGAUUCUGUUUAGUUAGUGUCCUUUACACGAUAUUUUUGCUGCCCGAAACGAAAGGCAAGACUCUUCAGCAAAUCCAGGAUGAGCUCAACGGAGUAACUUCAACCGUAAAUGUCGAGAAUGGUAAAAAGUGAGACGGGAGCAGUCGGGUUCGAUUAUCUUGAUGUACAUGCUGAACUCGAUGAAUUCAUCAACACUUUUAAGAGAUUAAAUAUUUUUAAAAAAUAUGUAAAGUUUUACAUUUUUAUGACAUCUAUAUAGGAAUUGGAUAUAAAGAAGGAGAUUCAAAUCAUCAGAAAUGCGGAUAAUAUAUGUAUCUCAUCUACUGCCAAAUUUACACAGAUAUAGAUAAUAUGGGUGAAAAAGAAAUAUUUUUAAGCAAUCACCGCAUGAUGAUCUAAUAAUUUAAAUAAAAUGUUCAGAUA